UCCUCAAUCCCCUACUCUUCACCCCUUGUUUUCACCUGUUUUGCGAGAACCCAUCCAGAUCCCCCUUCCCGUCUUCCCCUGCCGGCCCAGUUAUGGCAGAGAACGAUGUGGACAAUGAGCUCUUGGACUAUGAAGAUGAUGAGGUGGAGACAGCAGCUGGGGGAGAUGGGGCUGAGGCCCCUGCCAAGAAGGAUGUCAAGGGCUCCUAUGUCUCCAUCCACAGCUCUGGCUUUCGUGACUUCCUGCUCAAGCCAGAGUUGCUCCGGGCCAUUGUCGACUGUGGCUUUGAGCAUCCGUCAGAAGUCCAGCAUGAGUGCAUCCCUCAGGCCAUUCUGGGAUUUUUUUUUUUGUGCCAGGCCAAGUCGGGCAUGGGAAAGACAGCAGUGUUUGUGUUGGCCACACUGCAACAGCUGGAGCCAGUUACUGGGCAGGUGUCUGUGCUGGUGAUGUGUCACACUCGGGAGUUGGCUUUUCAGAUCUUUUUUUUUUUUGAGCGCUUCUCUAAAUACAUGCCCAAUGUCAAGGUUGCUGUUUUUUUUGGUGGUCUGUCUAUCAAGAAGGAUGAAGAGGUGCUGAAGAAGAACUGCCCGCAUAUCGUCGUGGGGACUCCAGGCCGUAUCCUAGCCCUGGCUCGAAAUAAGAGCCUUUUUUUUUUUUACAUUAAACACUUUAUUUUGGAUGAAUGUGAUAAGAUGCUUGAACAGCUCGACAUGCGUCGGGAUGUCCAGGAAAUUUUUCGCAUGACCCCCCACGAGAAGCAGGUCAUGAUGUUCAGUGCUACCUUGAGCAAAGAUUUUUUUUUUUUCUGCCGCAAGUUCAUGCAAGAUCCAAUGGAGAUCUUCGUGGAUGAUUUUUUUUUUUUGACGCUGCAUGGGUUGCAGCAGUACUACGUGAAACUGAAGGACAACGUUUUUUUUUUUAAGCUCUUUGACCUUCUGGAUGUCCUUGAGUUCAACCAGGUGGUGAUCUUUGUGAAGUCUGUGCAGCGGUGCAUUGCCUUGGCCCAGCUACUGGUGGAGCAGAACUUUCCAGCCAUUGCCAUCCACCGUGGGAUGCCCCAGGAGGAGAGGCUUUCUCGGUAUCAGCAGUUUAAAGAUUUUCAACGACGAAUUCUUGUGGCUACCAACCUAUUUGGCCGAGGCAUGGACAUCGAGCGGGUGAACAUUGCUUUUAUUUUUUUUUUUCCUGAGGAUUCUGACACCUACCUACAUCGGGUGGCCAGAGCAGGCCGGUUUGGCACCAAGGGCUUGGCUAUCACAUUUGUGUCCGAUGAGAAUGAUGCCAAGAUCCUCAAUGAUGUGCAGGAUCGCUUUGAGGUCAAUAUUAGUGAGCUGCCUGAUGAGAUAGACAUCUCCUCCUACAGUGAGUACUGAUCUCAUGAAACCCUUUA